AUGCUUCACACUCCAUCUGAGUGUUCAGAUCACGUAUCCACUCGUAUGGACAAUUCACUGCUUGUCACGACCAGGAAAUUUCUGGAGCUCAAAGAUCUCAGCGAAAGUGUGAAUUUGAAUGACGCAGCAGAGAUACUGAAUGUUCCCAAACGUCGUCUUUAUGAUAUAACUAAUGUGCUUGAAGGUAUCGACCUCGUUGAAAAGAUUGGAAAAAAUAGCAUCAGAUGGAAGUAA